AAUAAAAACACUGAAUCCAAAAAAUUUGCUAUUUUUGGGGUGCCUUUAAAUUUUUGUGUUGCUCCUAAAUUGUGGAAGCCCUGGCACUGUGUAUUUCAAUGAAUAAGGUAUUUAACUAAGAAACUCAGCUGAAAUGCGCAAUUUUUGACAGCCUUAACUAAACCCUCGAGUUCGGUCCUAUUUGGAAAAGAGUAGGUUCCAGCAUAACAACAUAAAACUGCACGCCGAACCUGCUUCGACUAAGAACACACAAGCCUCUGUUGGCAUUGGUUUAAUAGGGGGGCCCCAAGGUGAAGCGACAUCAACAUCAACGCGUGGCUGGAGCUGCUAGUGAUUACACUAAACCCUUUCCAGCGGGAUGUAUGGAUUCCUCAAAAAUGCACUGACUGGGCAGUCCAAGAAGAUAUUGAAACAGAACACAAAGCAAGAAGCGAAACGAAGGAAACAAAUGGUGCACUCACGGAAAACAAAACGAGAAAAGCUGAUCGCGAGAAAUCUUGUAGCACCGAUGGAGCACCAAAUGAAGAGGAAGUCAACUGUUCAAGAUAAAAUCGAGGAUUGCUGGAAAGUCGUAAUGGAUUAUCUCAACGUAGAAGACCAGCUCAGCCUCGCUUCCUCGAACGUGUAUAUCGGAGAGAUGUUCAAGAGAUACAGGCCAUCGAUUGUUGGCGGAGCGGAGAAUAGGAACGGAAGGGAAGAUCUAUACAUCCUGAAAAAGCUCAAAGCCUUGGACGAUACUCUUGGAACUUGAAUGCUCCCUCAAAUGGCGGAAGAGGAUUGCAUGUUCUUGAUCAAUAGGAAUCUCUGGAUGUGUCUUCCUGUUAUCGAUUCCAUGCAAAGAACUUGGUGGAUUGCUGCCAAACGAUGAAGCGAUUACGGUGUCUAAAAACAAAAAACAAUAUCGAACAAAUCAAGGACCACAGAUAGCAGAUGAAACUGGUUUCUGGAGUGCUAGCCGAAAAGAACGACCAGCUAUCGAAAAUCAACCAAACCGCGGAGAAUAUUCCCGAAACGUUUGGCAGUGGCACCCCAAAUGAAAUUUUCCAGAUAAAGGUCAGCGGAAUAGAGCCCUUCCAAGUUCCCUGCGUAUCGGCUUCGUCUGGAUGGACUGUCAUCCACAGACGAGUGGAUCCAACGAGAACUUUAAUCGGAGCUGGACAGACUACAAAAUGGGUUUCGGAAACCUACGGGAGAACUUCUUUCUGGGACUGGAAAAAAUCCAUCUAAUGACCCUGCUCCAGCCUCACGAGUUGUAUAUCCAACUCCAAGAUGUCAAUGGAGAAACCAGCUAUGCUCGCUACGACGAUUUCAGAAUAGGGAGCGAAGAGGAAGCCUACGAACUGAAAUCGGUAGGAGAAUAUUCAGGAAUAGCCGGAGAUUCACUAACUAAAGAUCACCUAAACAUGAAAUUUUCCACUUUCGACCGGGAUAACGACACUGAUGUUUGAAAUAUUUAGUGUCCCUUCCUAAUAUUUGUAUACCUUGCAUUCGCGAUUAGCGACAGCGGAAAUGUGUGGAACAAAUUUUUUGUUUGUAUAUCUGUAUAUACUGGUAUAUAUAUAUCAAAGAUAUAUUGGAACAAAGGGUUUAGAAACACAAAUCGUACUUACGUGUAUCAUUUAUUGCAAUAGAUUGCAUUUAAAUCCUUUUUGCUCAUUCAUUUUCAAACAAUAUCUAUUUGGUGCUUAAGUUUGGUGGGACUUUUUUGGGAUUUCCUCUGAUGGGAUUUUAUAAGAUUGAGGAAAUGUUUGUCAUCUAAUGCACUAAUAAAGGCCUAAACUAGUCA